CAUUUAUCUGCGUUAAUUUUAUUUAGAAAACUUUUCUUCAUUUUCGUUUUAGUAUAAUUUGCAAAGUGAGAAUUAAAAACCAAGGUAUCCAGAAGACGUUCAUUAGCUGCAGGCUCUUGAUUAUAUUAUCAGAUUUGCGGCAAUAAUCUUACACCUAAAAGUAAAACGCAGUAAUCGUAUUUCAUCGAAACGGUUUGUGUGUUGCUUUGAGCAGGACGCUAAGAAAGUGGUGUAAAAAUGUCGGAAAAAAAUAUAAAAGUGGGUGCGCGUGUCGAGCUAACUGGCAGACAAUUGCAAGGAACUGUAGCCUACGUGGGUAUGACCGGUUUUGCUGUUGGCAAGUGGGUGGGGGUGGUUUUAGAUGAACCUCAGGGUAGAAAUAAUGGUACUAUUAGGGGCCAAGCAUAUUUCGAAUGCCCGGACAGCUACGGUAUGUUUGUGAGACCCACUCAAUUGAAAGUAGUCUGUCCGGCACCAGAUAGUCGCAAGUCAAUCGAGGAUGUCAGUUUGACAGGCGAUACUCCAAAGCAUACUGCUCCCCAACCCACUAAAGCCAGGCUGGGCGGGUCCAGAGGCUCACUUUCCUCCAGUCGUCAGUCUCUGCUCGGUUCGCGUACGCAAAUCUCCACAUCGUUAAUAGAACGUAGCAGUAGUACGGCCAGCAGUGUUAGUAGGAAAAACAUACAACAACCAGUCGCGCCCAGUGGACUCACGAAAGAUAAUAAGAGUUCAGCCUCAAGUACUUCUUUGGCUGCGGCCGCAUCCUUUGGCAAUGAAAGUAACAACAGCAAUACCUCGAAACGUGCCUCAUUUGUAGAGACUGGCUUCUUGGAAAUAUUGAAACCUCAAUUUACUUCCUCACAACCCAUACGAUCGCCUUCAUUUACCGCUCCAUCACCUGGUUUGAAUGGCGAGGAGAAAGCUACAUUAACCGAGCAAAAAAAACAAAUCGAGGACCUGCAAAUUCAAGUAACGGAUUUAACGGAAAAAUUGGAAACUCUGAAACAACGUCGCAGUGAAGACAAAGAACGUCUGCGUGAGUUCGAUAAAAUGAAAAUUCAAUUCGAGCAAUUGCAAGAAUUCCGCACAAAAAUCAUGGCCGCUCAGGCAUGCUUACAGAAAGAGGUAUUGCGAGCGAAACAAGAAACCAAAGAUGCUAUCGAGGCUAAAGAACGACAUGCUCAAGAGAUGGCAGAAUUAGCUGACAACGUGGAACUUAUCACUUUAGACAAGGAAAUGGCUGAAGAAAAGGCAGACACUUUACAAUUAGAAUUAGAUGCAGCCAGGGAACGCAUUGAUGAGUUGCAAGUAGAUUUUGAAAUUCUACGAUCGGAAAUGCAAAACAAAGCAGAAAAUUCUCUAAGCUCUAUAAGUACCGAAGGUGGUAUUUCAUCAUAUGAAUUCAAGCAAUUGGAACAACAAAACUUACGUUUGAAAGAAACAUUAGUGCGUCUGCGUGAUCUAUCAGCUCAUGACAAACAUGAUAUACAAAAGCUUACGAAAGAAUUGGAAAUGAAGAGAUCGGAAGUGGCUGAAUUAGAGAGAACUAAGGAAAAAUUAUCGGGAAAAAUUGAUGAGCUCGAAUCGAAUGUAGCUGACUUACAGGAACAAGUCGAUGCGGCUUUAGGUGCUGAAGAGAUGGUUGAACAAUUGGCGGAAAAGAAAAUGGAACUGGAAGAUAGAGUAAAAUUAUUGGAGGACGACAUAGCUGAGCUGGAAGCUCUUGAAGAAGUUCACGAGCAAUUAGUUGAAAGUAAUCAUGAUUUGGAAAUGGAUUUACGUGAAGAACUCGAUAAUGCGCACGCUUCUAAAAAAGAGGUACUUCGCGAACGAGAUGCCGCGAUCGAAACUAUUUACGAUCGCGAGCAAACUAUUAAUAAAUUCCGCGAACUUGUGCAGAAACUAAGCGAAGAAAAUACCGAGCUGAAAAGAGAAAAGGUUUCAGCGACAGCUGAACAAAAGUCUUUACAAGACAUGCAAGUGAAGAUUUCAAACGAAACGAUAGAUUACAAGCAAAUGUUUGCGGAAUCUAAAGCAUAUACUCGAGCUAUCGAUGUACAACUUAGGAAAAAUGAAUUGUGUCAGGCCAACGAACAUGUGCAAAUGCUUUCCGCUUUUAUGCCAGAAUCGUUCAUGAGUCGUGGUGGUGAUCACGAUUCUAUUUUAGUGAUUUUAUUAAUAUCGCGUUUGGUAUUCAAAUGCGGGAUUAUUAUUAGCCAAACUCGUGAAAGAUUUCCGGCGGUAGAAAAUCCCACCAGAGAUUCUAUUCUACAAGAUCAUAAAGCUCAACAAUUUGCCUUCAAGUGUCGCCUUUUGCACUACGUGCACAAUCUGCAAUGUGCUUUACAUCAAAUCCUAUAUGGCUUAAAUAGCUGUCAACCGGAAACAUUAUUGAGGGCAGGCAACUCAUUGCCCGAAAUGGUAGCGCAAGAAAAAAAUGUUGAUGGCAUAAUAGAACUAUUAAAGUCGAAUCAGUUGGAUGAAAAUUCCUCCACUGAUAAUAUUGAAAAAUGUGUAACUUUCUUUAAUGCCAUGAAUUCUGUUCUAUUGGCUGGUGAGGAUUUACUUAAUGAGACUCAAAUGAUACGAGAUUGUGUGGCUGCUCUGGCAUCAGCUUGUGACUCAAUUUCGAAUGACACUGCGGUCGCUAAAGCUAUACUCAGCGCAGAGAGCGGGAGAAGUGAUGCCGCUUCAUUAAUGGAAUUUCUAGCAGAUAACGUAGAGUCUAUAAAGCAACAAGUUAAGCUUAUUAGGAGAAGACUGCCCCAAGAUUUGCAGAUUACCAAAUGCGGUAUAUCAGUGCGCAGAUUGGAUGCCAUGCGUCAGUUGACACAUGCUUUAAGUCGCAUUAUGUCUGCGCUACAUCAAGGCAUUAAGCAGUCAAUGGCUGUCAUAGUAGGUAAUAUUAAAGAUGAUACCGCUGCUGAACAUACCGUUGAGCCUACGAAAUUCUGGCACUUGCUUUCAGAAGUUUGUGAGAGAAUUUAUGAACAAGAUGAUCGCGGCCCUUCACAAAACUUUAAGAGCGUUCUUGGUCAAGCUAAUACAGAUUUACAGCAAAUUGCUCAGUAUUUACUAGACAAUGAAUAUGAAAUCAUGUCCAGCGCUAAUCAACGUCAAGUGAAACCACCCUCGCCCAUAAUAUUGAGAGCACAAAUGAUUAAAAAGCAAUUAGAACAAAAAAAUAUACUGGCGGCCACUUUGGAAAACCGAGAAGCCGAUAUUAAGCAAUUGAAAUUGGCCGGCAAAAUGAAGCAAAAUGAACUGUCCGAAAUGCAGAUACGUAAGGAUUUGGCUGAAAAGAAACUCUCAGUUCUCCAAGCUGAAUUCGAUCAUACAGUUGAGAAAUGGAAGCGUCAAUAUGAAGAAGCUCGCGUGAAAUUAGAACAAAAAGAAAAAGAUUAUGAAAUGACUAUGGAUCAUUUACAAGAUGACAUUGAGGCUUUAGAGAAUGAAAGGACGAACCUGAGGGAGAAACUUAAACUUGUGACUGGCAAGAGAACUGAUGUACCGUAUAUCAAUGCCACAACACCAUCAGGCGGUGGCGGCCACGCGUACGCUUCUGCAGGGGUUGGUGGUAGUGCUCCUCUUAUAGUCGAGGAAUUACAACUGCUUAAACAGGUCAUUAAUAUUGAGCGCACUGAACGUCUACGUUUGCAAGCGCAACAAAUUAAAGAAAAAUUAAAGAAGUUCGAUCCAAUAUUUGUCCCUCAGCCAAAAGAAAGACGUAUUAUAGAAUUGGAAUCGGAGCUAACAAAAAUGAAACAUGCUUGGGCUCUGUCGUUAUUGAGGACACCACCAAAAUCUUCAAGCAGUCAAGUGACGAACGUGCAGCCCCCGAUAGCACUACAACGCAAGCAUAUAAAGGCCCUCGCCAAAACGGAAAUAUCCAAUAGAGCUAAUCAAUUAGCCGCCGAAAUUCUAAAUGAAUAUUUGCGUCGUAAACCCCAUCGAGCGACCGCUUGCCAGUUUGGCGCAUUUCCCACAGUGGAAAUAAAGCAAAUAUUACAAUUGUAAAGGGUAAAAAUUAAAUAUUUGUAUGUAUGUAUUAAUAUUUAAGCACAAAUUUUGAAAUAUUCUUCAAUUCUCCGUUCUUCACUUAUGCCCGAGCAAAAAAUAUUAGCAAGUCGUUUAAGUAGAAAAAACGACAUCGGAGUCGAAUUUUAAAUUUAAAUUUAAAAUGUGCAAAAAAAAAAAAAA